AUGCCCUCCUCUAGGCCAAAGUCUGUUCUCUUCGCCUCGCCCACGAUCUCUCCCAGCGUGUCGACACCGCCACCUACAGCUUCUACGGCCUCCACAGCUUCGGUUGCGCGGCCUCGAGCCAGCAGCUCCUUUGGUACAGCCAUUGUCCCAGCUGGCAUAGUAUCAAGACACAGUCGAACCGACUCAAGGGCUGGGACGAGCUCAAACACAAACACCUUUGCCCCCUCCUUCAUCAAGGAAGAAGAGGACCUGAGGCAGGCCCAGGAUGCUGUCAAAAGCAUUGAGGGCGAGAACGACUUUUCUGGCAAGCGAUAUGUCUGGCUUAAGGACCCUCAGGAAGCUUUCGUGAAAGGUUGGGUCAUUGAGGAAUUAGAGGAUAACAAAAUCUUGGUGCAGACUGAUAAUGGAGCUCAACGCGAAGUUGAUGCUGAGAGUGUUGAUAAAGUGAACCCCGCCAAAUUCGACAAGGCAAACGAUAUGGCCGAGUUGACCCAUUUGAAUGAGGCGUCGGUCGUUCACAACCUGCACACGCGAUACCAAUCAGACCUCAUCUACACUUAUUCAGGCCUCUUUCUUGUUACCGUCAAUCCAUACUGCCCCUUGCCGAUUUAUUCCAACGAUUAUGUCAACAUGUAUAAAGGUCGCAGCCGAGACGAUACGAAGCCUCACAUCUUUGCCAUGGCUGAUGAGGCGUUCCGCAAUCUGGUCGAAGAAGGUUAUAAUCAGAGUAUUCUAGUCACUGGCGAAUCUGGUGCGGGAAAGACAGAAAACACCAAAAAAGUUAUUCAGUAUUUGGCGGCAGUUGCACAAUCCGAGUCUCCGAUCAAAAAUCAAUCCCAGCACACAAACCUCUCGGAGCAAAUUCUCCGCGCCAACCCUAUUCUAGAGGCGUUUGGAAAUGCUCAGACUGUGAGAAACAACAACUCGUCACGAUUUGGUAAAUUUAUCCGAAUCGAGUUCAGUCGAGACGGCGCUAUUACUGGAGCGUUUAUCGACUGGUAUCUCCUUGAAAAGUCCAGAGUCGUGAGGGUGAAUGCGCAGGAGAGAAAUUAUCACAUUUUUUAUCAAAUUCUGAAGGGAGCAGAUCCCAAACUUAGAAGAGAUCUGCUUUUGGAUGGACUGGAUAUCGGUGAUUUUGCCUACACUCGCAACGGACACGAUAGCGUGGCUGGAGUGUCCGACCAAGAGGAGUGGAAUGCGCUUCUGGAAGCCUUUGAAGUUAUCGGCUUCUCUAAUCAAGAUCAACUGUCAAUUCUUAGCACCAUCGCCGCGGUACUGCACCUGGGAAACAUUGAUGUUAUCAAGGAGAGCCGGAGUGCAGACCAGGCUAGACUGGCUUCGGAUGCCAAAUUACAAGCUGCAAAGGUUUGCAAGCUGCUUGGUGUGCCACUCGACCCGUUCCUCCAAGGCCUGUUACACCCCAAGGUGAAGGCUGGACGCGAAUGGGUUGAGAAGGUUCAGACUCCCGAGCAGGUUCGACUCAGCUUGGACGCUCUCGCAAAGGGUAUAUAUGAGCGAGGAUUUAGUGACCUUGUAGCUCGAAUCAAUCGCCAACUCGACCGUACUGGCAUGGGUUUAGAAGACUCUAGAUUCAUCGGUGUUCUUGAUAUUGCUGGUUUCGAAAUCUUUGAAAAGAACAGCUUUGAGCAACUGCUUAUCAACUAUUCCAACGAAAAGCUCCAGCAAUUUUUCAACCAUCACAUGUUUGUCCUUGAACAAGAGGAGUAUGCCCGCGAGCAAAUCGAGUGGCAAUUCAUUGAUUUUGGUCGGGAUUUACAACCAACUAUCGAUUUGAUUGAGCUGCCAAAUCCAAUAGGAAUUUUCUCUUGCCUGGACGAAGACUGCGUCAUGCCCAAAGCCACCGAUAAGUCUUUCACGGAGAAGCUGAACUCUUUAUGGGACAAGAAGUCUACAAAAUACCGCCCCUCUCGGCUAGGCCAGGGCUUCAUCCUCACUCACUACGCUGCUGAAGUCGAGUACUCCACCGAGGACUGGCUCGAAAAGAAUAAAGAUCCUCUAAACAACAACAUUACGCGCUUGUUGGCAGCUUCGACUGAUCAGCACAUUGCAAAUCUUUUUGUAGACUGUGCCGAUUCCGAUGAUGAUCACGGCGGACGGAGGAGCCGCGUCAAAAAGGGCCUAUUCCGAACGGUGGCCCAGAGGCACAAAGAACAGCUUCACAACUUGAUGUCUCAGCUUCAGUCUACACACCCUCACUUCGUUCGUUGUAUACUGCCCAACUACAAAAAGCGACCGAAGCUGUUUGACAAAUUACUGGUUUUGGACCAGCUCCGAUGUAACGGUGUGUUGGAAGGUAUUCGAAUUGCCCGAACCGGCUUUCCCAAUCGAUUGCCCUUUACCGAAUUCCGCCAGCGAUACGAAGUGCUUUGUCCUGAUGUACCAAAGGGCCAUCCAGAUGGCCAAGUUGUGGCCUCUCUUAUGCUUGAGAGGCUCGGUCUUGACAAGACCAUGUACCGUGUUGGUCUCACAAAAGUCUUCUUCCGAGCCGGCCUUUUAGCAGAAUUGGAAGAGCAGCGCGAUGCUCUCAUUACUCAGAUUAUGGCUCGAUUUCAAUCGGUAGCUAGGGGAUAUAUUCGCCGCCGCGCAGCCCAUAAACGGCUUUUCCGUACUGAAGCAACCCGAAUUAUCCAGAGGAACUUCCAGGUAUAUCUCGAUCUCGUUGGAAACCCAUGGUGGCAGCUCAUUGUAAAGAUGAGGCCUCUCCUCGGCGCCACUAGAACUGCAGCCGAAGUGAAGAAGCGAGAUGCCAUGAUCAAAGACCUAAGUGAGAAGAUGCGUCUUGAGCUAGAGAGCCGCCAGAAACUGGAGGACGAAAGGAGGAAUUGCCAAGCUGAGAUUGCUCGCAUCCAGAAAACUCUGGAGAGCGAACGCGCCCUUGCUUUGGACAAGGAAGAGAUUUUCAUGCGACUUCAAGAUCGCGAGGAUGAAUUGGAAGAGAAGUUAGCAGGCGCACUCGAAGAUCAAGAAAGACUAGAAGACCAGCUGGACAACCUGAUGGAGGCAAAGAACCGAGCAGAGCAGGAAGUUGAGAAAUAUCGUGCGCAACUUGAACAGGCGGCUUCCCUCAUCUCUAGGCUCGAAGAGGAAAAGACACGCUUGUCAGCCAAAGCAGCGGAGCUCGAGGCGGCCAUCAACGAUCUAUCUCGGAGACAAUCUGAGCAUACUGACAAAGAGACUGCUAUGGAAGGUGAAAUCAAGAUGCUCCAAAGUCAACUGGCUCUCAAAGAUCGAAAAGCCAAGGAUUUGGAGGAUAAAUUGCUCAAGCUGGACCAAGAUCUCGAAGUCAAGCUGUUCACUGCGCAAAAAGAUCUCGACGCUGCCAAAGUGCGAGAGGUUCGCCUGACUCGAGAGAACCAAGAAGUACACGAGCAACUUGCGGAGCUUUCGAAAACAUCAACAGACUACGAAGACCUUGUCCGAUCCAAGGAAAGCGAGCUGGCAUUGCUGCGCGAUGAUAAACGGCAGUCGGAAGCCGAGCGCCGAAGCCUCGAAGAGCAAAAGAGGGCUCUUACGGAAGAUAUGGAGAAGAAUGCUGCCAAAUUCCGCGAUGUUCAAGCUGAACUUGUGGCGCUGAGGUCCAAGCAAGUACAGCUAGAACGCGAGGCACAGGAUGCCAAAGUUUUGCUUGAAACUCGGCUGUCUGAGGACGCGCAGGCUGAGAAGAACCGUAAAGUUCUUGAGUCUCAGAUCAAGGAUCUCCAGGACGAGCUCUAUCAGACGAAAAUGGAACUCAGCAGAGAACGACAGUCUCGAGAUGACGUCCUACUGCUCGGAGAGCACAAGUACCAGGCGCUCAAGGAUGAGUUUGAUCGCCUGAAUGACGCAAAGAUCAUCAUCGAGAAGGAAAUGUAUGUCCAGCAAGAUACCUUGAGGCGAACCAUGGAGGCGCGAACCUUGGUCGAAAAAGAGCGGGACGAGGCCAGAGACGAGAUUCGAAAGCUUCGCGUGGCCAAAACAGAAGCGGAAGAGGCUCGUUUACAGGCCGAGAUGGCUGGUGAACGCCAAGCUUCGAAGGCGGCACGCGAAAGAGAAGCCAGCCUUCGAAAAGACCUCGAAGCCGCCCAAGAGCGUCUCCAAUGGUUCGAAGAGGAAUGCAACAAGCUGAAUCGCCAAGUUGAGGAGCUCAACAAGCUCAUCCUCACGUCCGGAGAAUUUGGGUUGAAAAAUGAUCAGGCAAAGGAGAGAAUGGAACGUGAGCUCAACACAGUAAAGAGUCGGCUUGCGGCGUCAGAAAACGACAACAAAACUUUACUCAACAAGCUGCAGCAGAAGGGCCUCGAAAUUGCUAGAUCCAGCUCUCGCGCAACAGAGGCCUCUCGGAGCCAGCUUCUGUCCCUUCGUGGAGAAAAGACGAAGCUAGAAGACCAAAACGCAAAACUGAACAAACAAUUAGGCGAUGCUCAGCUCAACGUUGCAACUUUGGAGAAGAAGCUAGAGAAGCUUCACCUCAACCUAGAAGAUCUUAAUCACGAGGUUGCGAGGGAGGCGAAAGCUAGUAGGAAUGCGGAGAAGGCCUCUUCCAACUUUACCGUCCAGCUGGCGGAAGCGAAUCGACUGGUGGAGUCGGAGCGACAACUGCGAAACCAAACACAGUCUACAGUACGCACGUUGCAAGCAUCCAUAGACUCACGAGAUAAGGAGCUGGAAGAUAUGAGAUCUCAGAUGCUCAAGGCACUCAAAAUGGUUGACCCCGAGGUCCAAGUCCCCCAGACGAAUUCCAGUAACGAGAAGGCUUUGCUCAAGAACUUUGACCUCGUCCGUAUGGUUGAGGAACUACAGCAGAAACUGCGAGUCCAAAGCGUAGCCAGGACGAAUGCGGAAAGCCAGUUGAAUGAGAUGAGGGCAUUGAGAAAUGAGAGCCCAAGCCGACCAGGACUUGGAGAGUUGCAUCCAAACGAGGCGCCUUUCCAAGGGUCUCCCGGGGUGAAGAAGUCUGGCAAGGCCGGCCUGCAUUCCAAUUCAAAUGGCGUGGGGGCUGGCCGGCGCUUCCAUGAUGCCAAUUCCCAGGAUCUUUCUCAGUCUGAGAAAGGCUUUGGCGCAUCUGAUAUCAGGAAUGGGUUCGAACUAAAAGCAGAAAUCGAGGACCUCCAGAGUCAGCUGCAGCUUGCUCAGAUGCAGAACCGAAAACUCCAGAGCCAACUUGAUCGGAACUCAGGAUCUGAUGAUGCAUACGAAGACGAAGCAUCAAUCCUGCGAGUACAGAAGCUUGAAAAGGCCAACAAUCGCCUUCAUGACAUGUUGGACGAUUCGACUAAGAAAGUGGCUGCUUUGGAGAAGAGCAUGCGAGCUGGUGAGCUCUCUCUGCGGGAUAUCCAAACACGCUCUCAUGAGGAGCUUUUGGAUAUCUUCAAUAGCCAAGAAGAAGCACGCAGAUCCCUUUUGCAUAGCCACAAGGAUGCUGUGGCUGAACUCACCGAAGUGAAGGCUCAUUUCGACAAGAUGCGUCAUGAUCGGGCGAAACUGGAAGUCGAGCUCCGAGAUUCACAAUCUGACCUUCAGGAGAUGACUGCCGCACGCGAGCAGGAGGCCCAAAGCCGAAGUCAGUUAUUGCAAGACUUCACCGACCUCCAGAUCAGACUCGAUGCAGAGACGUCCAGGCUUGCCGACGUAUCCUCCAGCCUAGAGAUGUACAGGGGCCGAGCGGAUGAGUACUUUAGCAAGCUUGAGCAGGCCGAAAUCGCUGUUUUGAAAGCGACGAGAGCAGAGCAGUUUGCCAAGUCGCAGGCCAAGGAGGCAGAAGAAACUUACAUUGAAGUCAUGUCUGAGAGGCAAAGGAUGGAUGCUUUGAUUGAAGAUUUGCAAGGCCAAAACCAUCGCCUCGAGGGCAGGGUGGAAGACCUGUCAACCGACUUGGACGCUGCAACGCAAGCCAGAAGGCGGCUUCAACACGAGCUGGAAGACUACCGUAAUCAACGGGCCAUGGAGAUUGAGGACAAGGAGUCGAGCAUGGAGCAAACUCGCAAGAAGUAUCAAACCGAGUUUGCUACCCUGGCCAAGGAGCUCGACCUUGCUCGAGAAGAGAAGCUGUUCAAGCAAGCGGAGAUUACUAGGCUUCGGGAAGAACUUGAUGAGCUUAGGUCGAAGUGGGAUGACGAGGUGCUAAACAGCUCAACAUGGUCCAAGGAAAAGGCUCGACUGGAAUCUACAUUGGUCGACGUGGCCUCGUCGCGUGAUGAGGCAGUCAGCGCGCAUAACGAGGCUCAAAGCAAGAUCGUUUCGCUGUUGUCGCAGGUGAGGACUCUUCGAUCGAGCGUGGACGAAAUCACCACCGAGCGCGACCUCCUUAUCCGGGAGAAGAAGGGCGUCGAAGCUCGUCUCGAAGAAGCCAAGGCAGGUUACGAUGAGCUUGUCAAGGGUGGAAGUCCAUCACUCCGUGACGCCGCGGGCAUGGACAAGGAAAUCCUAAACUUGAAGACCAGUCUUGCCCGACAAGAGGACAUUGCUCUCGCCGCAGUGGAGAAGAUGCGACGCGCUGAGGCACUGGCCAUUGAGAUUCAGAAGGACGUGGCAGCUGAACGCGAGAAUGCUGCGGGCUUACAGAAACAGAAGACGUCUCUAGAGAAGAGCUUGAGCGAGGCACAACUCAAACUGAUAGACCUUGAAACUAAGGGCUAUUCGAGUGGCAGCCAGGACAUUAAGUUUUUGCAUAAGCGCAUCCAAGAGCUUGAAUCGCAAUUGGACAGCCAUGAAGAAGAAAAGAACAAGUCUCAGCGCUCUGUUCGAAACGUGGAUCGUAACGUGAAGGAUCUACAGACGCAGAUUGAGCGUAAGGAUAAGCAAAACCUUCAGCUUACUGAUGACGUGAACCGCAUGCGCGACAGGGUCGACAAGCUUCUCAAGACAAUCGAUGAGCUGCAAGCGUCGGAGUCGACGAACCAGCUCUCAGCUCGUCGCGCCGAGCGUGAAUUGCGCGAAGAGAAAGAGAAGUGUCACCGCCUGGAGCGAGAGCUGGAGGGGUGGAAGGGCCUUCGUAUGGAGAAGGGCUCAGCGCCAGUGGGAAGUGUCCGGGGCCGAGGCGUCACCUGGAGAACUGGCAGUGAAGGUGAGGAUUCGACACUCAUUGAUGUUCCCCAAAGAAACAGCAGCCUAAACAGAGCUCCUAGUAUGACCAAGGGCUUUCUGUAA